UAAGAAAUAAAGCGCGUCGCGGCGGAUGAUUAUGCAAAUACAAGAAGCCCUCAUGACGAUUUAGCCUUCUUUCCUCUUAUUGAUUUCUAAAUAGAAAAAACGGUUAUAGUAGAUUAUUUGUUUGACACUAUAACCUACAGUAUAUUCGGCAUGGGAGUCCAGGAACUAAAGAGCUUCAUUGGGAAUAACACAGGCAUUUUACGAAAUUUAUCUUUUAGAGACAGUAAACUCAUAAUCGAUGGAUGUAACUUGUAUCACAACCUGUACUUAUACUUUAAACUGGACCAGAUACAUGGAGGAGAAUAUGAGGCCUUUGAAGAUUUGCUCACACAGUUUUUCACCAACCUCAGACACUGUGAUAUUCAGCCAUACGUUGUAAUCGAUGGUGGGGCCGACCACACUGACAAAGCACUUGAGACCCUCAAGGCACGAAAAAAGGACAAAAUUAAAAGGGCAAAUGAGCUUUUUAAAGGCCGGGAGGGGACAUGCUUCCCACUUCUUAUUAAAAAUGUGUUCAUACAAACUGUUCAUAAACUCAAGGUGCCAUUUGUUCAAUGCGUUGAAGAGGCUGAUUGGGAAAUCGCUGCUUUGGCUAACCAAUGGGAUUGUCCAGUUCUGUCCAAUAACAGAGAUUUCUAUAUAUUCAACAUCAAGAGAGGAAUCUUGCCUACUGGAAAAUUUUGGUGGAGAAAUGUAAAAGUAAACAGAGGUACAAACAAAAAAUACAUCCUAACCAAACAUUUUACGGUGGAAAGAUUAUGUGCAUCUUUCAACCACAUGAACAAGGAUCUUCUCGCGAUUUUUGCAUGCAUUUUAGGAAAUGAUUACAUGAAUCUUCAAAAAAUCAUUCAUCUCAGGUGGGAGGCGUAUUCGGUGAGAAGUGGGGACUUCUCCCAUAUUGAUGGUUUGCUCACCUGGCUAUCCAAAUUCCCUGGCCCAGAAGCAGCCAUAGAUGGUGUUCUCAAGCUAAUGACAGACAAUGAGGAGAAAGUUACUGUCCGUGAAGCCUUGUUUAAAGGCAUUAAAGAGUAUAAGCUCACCAAAGGUUCUCUUGCUCAAUACUUUCUUUCAAAAACACCAGCAACCUGUACAGGUCCACUGCGAGCCCUGCCUACGUGGACCUUAAAGCACCUGCAUGAAGGAAAGAUAGGCUCUUUCAUUGUUGAUAUACUGGCCUUGAAAAGGGUUAUGCUGAACCCUCAGGUUGAAGAUUUUCAGCAACCCAGUAGCAACGAAACCUCUCGUCCCAUACGACAAGUGGUUUACGGUUUAGUAUUGUUGGGGGAACUACAAACGGAGGACAAACUUGUGGCAGCUGCUAAAGCAUCUACUGGUACAGACAAGUGCUAUGUAACAGAGUACGACAGACAGGGAUUAACUCUAACCAGUUCAGAAGUUGAAGCUAUAGAGACUAAAGUAAAAGAAGGACUUCGACUGGAAACAUUAUGGAAGGAACCACACCCCUUGCGUCUUCAGAUCCUCUUGGAAACUUUGGAUGUGUCAUCUGUCAGAGGGAUCCCGCUUCACUUGCAGCUCCAGGUGUUUGCGACACGCUACUGGCUGGUAAAUGCAAAGCCUCAGCCGAACCUCCUGCAUCUUUGGGGUCUCCUACUGGGAAUGGUCUACGGACGGCUAAACACCCUGGCCAGGACACAAAUAGACAGACAGUUAAAGCGGAAAGGUCGAGGAAAAAUUUAUUUGGAUCAUGAGGUGGCUUAUCUGUACAGCCAAUGGCAGUCCUGUCUGCGGUGGAGUCUCUGUCUCAAUCAGUUACUGUGUCGUCCACUUCCUGAACCAGAGUGUGCACGGUUAUACUUUGGAACGCUGGUUCAUCAGGCAGUUCGAGAAUUUGAAAGAGGCAUCACACCAGAGUCUCUGCUGGCGACGUGCUCCAAAGCCGAGAAGCUAUUCGGACAGUUGAGAAAUGCGGUUCUGAGUUUGUUGGAUGAAGAUGUUGUCAGCAGAAUCAGUACCGGUCACAUGAGCAAAGCUUUCGACAAAACGCAGAGCGACAAAUGCAUGAAUCAGUCUGAAGAUGAACUGAGCAGUUGCUUUGAACAUCUGAUGAAUGAAGAUAAUGAUGACUACGAUGAAGUCACUGGAAAAAAGAGGAAGGGUAAAGAUCACAAGACAAACACACUUGAAUGUUCCACUAUUCGUACCAGACACAAGGCCAAAGCACGCAAUGCUAAGCAUCCCUCGAAGAAAUCUGAAAGGAGAUGCUUUGAUUAAAUAUGUUCGAUUUUCAAAUAUAUUUAAAUAACACUUGUGCUCAGGGUUGUAGGGACAAUUGAAAUGUGGGAUGGGGGAACUUACCGAAAAUGAAUACUCGUAUAGUUACACUUUCAAAUGUUGAAAGGCUUUGCAUCAGUGGCGGCUUGUGACUGCUCAUCUGAGGGGCGCUAAUUCAGUGUUUGGAGUGUCAUGUGUGCUGCUCGCGUUUAUUUGUUUGUUACGUCAUGUGAACCAUGUGCAUCACGUGUUUUGUCAAAAUAAGUGCCUGCUGCACACUCAUCAAAACCGUUUAUGAUUAAAGAGACGCUCACAUUCACAAAAUACACGCAAGACACUCCCUUAACAGUAAACUCUGAUUACGCAUGAGAUUAUACGAGUAUCUGGCAAACGUGAGCAUCUCUUUUAUCAUAAACCCUUUAGACGUGUCUGCAGCAGUGACUUAUUUUGAAAAAAGGAGUCACACACACGACGGGCUACAUACAUGUUGUGGUGAACUCUGCAUCGGGUGCCCUCAAUAAAAGAAGUCAACGGCCGCCACUGCUUUGCAUGUGUGUUAAAAUACACAUUUAUUAAAAAAAUGGCAAUACACAAAAUACUAGCAGUAUGAGAAAAUCACUUACCUUGUGUUAAUUUCUGCGACACAGAAAUACAAGUUCAUUCACUGAGCUUUUACAAUAGGUUUAGAUUUAACAAUCGUUGUGUGUUUAAUUUUAUUAAAACAAAAAAUACAGUGUGA